AUGGCCCGAUCACUGCUCUUGAGCGACGACGACGACUACGACAGUUACUACGGCUACGACGGUUACGACGGUUGCGACGGUUACGACGGCAGAGACGGCGAAGACGGCAGACGGCGGGGACGGCAGACGGCGGGGACGGCAGGACGGCAGGGACGGCAGACGGCGGGGACGGCAGACGGCGAGACCAACAAGUGCUACCAGAUGUGA